AUGGUGGACUUGUCCAACAAUAAAUUCCAUGGUGUGAUUCCAUCGUCAUUCUUCCGACGAGCUACGAAUUUGACUAGUUUCAAUGUCGGGAACAACACCUUCUCAGGUUCUAUCCCAUCCUCUAUAUGUCUUCAUUCUUCUCCCCUGAUUAGGCUGUUGGAUUUUUCCAUCAAUGAAUUCAGCAGCAAUAUUUCUGGUGGACUAGGGAAGUGUUCGAAACUACAGGUUUUUCGUGCUGGUUACAAUAGGCUCUCUGGACAACUUCCAGAAGAUAUCUAUAAUGCUACCACACUUGAAGAAAUCUCGUUACCUAGAAAUGCGCUUCAUGGAGACAUUAGUGAUGAAAUUGUCAACCUCACCAACCUCACAAUCCUUGAAUUAUAUGUUAAUCAAUUCAGUGGCAUGCUCCCGAUGAAUAUGGGCAAGCUCUCCAAAUUGAAACUCAUUCUUCUUCAUUUCAACAAUCUAACAGGUUCUCUGCCCCCAUCUUUGCUGAAUUGCACAAACCUUAGAGAAUUGAACCUCGGAUUCAACCAUUUUGUAGGAAAGCUCUCCAUGCUUGAUUUCUCCAAACUUAGUCGCCUUACUAAACUUGACUUUGUGAGUAAUCAAUUCACUGGUGUCUUCCCAACUAGCCUUUACUCAUGCAAGUCCCUGAAAGCACUUCGGCUGAGCUUAAAUGACUUAGACGGACAAAUACAGCCUGAGAUUCUUUCACUGAAAUCUUUGUCCUUCCUCUCGCUUUCUGCGAGCAGAUUGUCCAAUAUCACAAGGGUACUUAAUAUACUGAUGGGCUGCAAAAGUCUGAAGGUUCUCAUCCUUUCAAACAAUUUUAUAGGUGAAGAAAUGCCAAACGGUGAUGGCAUCGUUGGUGUUGAUGGAUUGCAAAAUCUUUGUAUUUUGUCUUUCCGUGGUUGUCAGCUCACUGGUCCCUUACCUAUAUGGUUAUCCAAAAUAAAAAAGCUAGAGGUCUUGGAUUUGUCCUCUAAUAGAUUCACAGGCUCAGUUCCAACAUGGUUCGGGAAUUUUCCAAGCCUCUUUCACAUAAACUUAGGCAACAACCGAAUUUCAGGUGAGCUUCCAAAGCAACUUUGCAAAUUACCAAUGUUGGUGUCUGAACAAACUGCAGCUCAAGUAGAUCAUACUUAUCUCCAAUUGCCUUUCUUCAUCAUACUAGCAAGUGAUGCAGACUUUUUGCAGUACAGUUCCCUUUCUUUCUUUCCACCAGCUAUACACCUAUACAAAAAUAGCAUCAAUGGGAAUAUACCAACUGAGAUCAGCCAAUUGGUCCUUCUUCAUGCAUUAAAUCUUGACGACAACAAUUUCUCUGGAAACAUUCCCGACAAAAUAUCCAACCUGAAAAACUUAGAGACGUUGGAUCUUUCAAUGAACCACUUGUCCGGAGAAAUCCCACCAUCAUUGACGAGCCUUAAUUUCUUGUCCUUUUUGAAUGUCUCGUACAAUAAUCUCGAAGGUCCAAUACCAAAAAGCACUCAGCUCCAAGGCUUUGAUGCCUCUGCCUUUGAAGGGAAUCCGAAACUCUGUGGUGCCCCUCUUCAGAAUGAGUGUCCUCUAAUGCACCGUAAAAGCCAAGAUAUGGAGAAUGUCUCACCUACACAUCAACACAUCAACACAUCAACACAUCAAACUUGGAAAACCAAAAACCCUUACUAG